CGCCAAUGUCGCCGCUACCCGGGCCGGGCGUGCGCAGCGGUCCUUCCUGCGGGAGCGGGGCCUGCCCGGAGCCAACCCCGCCCCGCCGCCCCGCUUUCGAUUCUCCGCGGGAGCCCCUCCCCCGCACCGCGGCCGCCGGGACCCGAGGGCUGAAUGGCCAGCGCAGGUGCGCGGAGCGGGACACCUGGGGGGCCGGGAACACCUGGGGGCCCGGGGCCGCCGGAGCGCGAGGACGCAAGCGGCUGGCGCUGCCCGGAGCAUGGCGACCGCGUGGCCGAGCUCUACUGUCGCCGCUGCCGCCGUUGCGUGUGCGCGCUCUGCCCGGUGCUGGGCGCGCACCGCGGCCACCCGGUCGGCCUGGCGGUGGAAGAGGCGGUGCACGUGCAGAAACUCAUCCAAGAAUGUUUAAAGCAGCUGGAAACCAAGAAGCAGCAGAACGUUGGCAACAUAACCCACAUAGAAGACACUGCCGAGAAGCUCAAGGCUCAUGCAGAGUCAAGUAAAACCUGGCUGACGGGAAAAUUCACUGAACUGAGACUGCUACUUGACGAAGAGGAAGCGCUGGCCAAGAAAUUCAUCGAUAAAAACACGCAGCUCACCCUCCAGGCGUAUGGGGAGCAUAUCCAAUCUUGCAGAGAGCAAAUAGAUGGCAUGCACAGCCUCUCCACCAGGGUCUGGAGGAUAAGCCAGGAGCCCGACCCCAUACAGCUGCUGCAGGAGUACCAGGCCACCGAGCAGGAGAUGCAGCGGCAGACAAGCCUGGGAGAAGUGUGCUACCCCACGCCCCUCUCCUUCGAGCCCAUCAAGAGCUUCUUCCAGGGCUUUGUGGACGCCAUGCAGAGCUUGUUACAGACGCCACUGGACACUCGCCUUAAAGAGAACACGAACUGCCAGCUCUCGGGCUCCUCGAGCACUAAACUAGCUUCCUUGUUGAAAACAAGCCCCUCACCGGAGCGAUCGCUCUUCUUAAAAUAUGCACGCACGCCCACUCUGGAGCCGGACACGAUGCACGCGCGCCUGCGCCUCUCUGCCGACCGCCUGACCGUGCGCUGCGGCCUCGUGGGCCGCCUGGGACCCACGCCCGCGCUGCGCUUUGAUAAACUGUGGCAGGUGCUGGGUCGCGACUGCUACGCCGCCGGCCGCCACUACUGGGAAGUGGACGUGCAGGAGGCGGGCGUCGGCUGGUGGGUGGGCGUGGCCUACGCCUCCCUGCGGCGCUGCGGGGCCUCGGCCUCCGCGCGCCUAGGCUGCAACCGUCAGUCCUGGUGCCUCAAGCGUUACGACCUCGAGUACUGGGCCUUCCACGACGGCCAGCGCAGCCGCCUGCGGCCCCGCGACGACCCCGACCGGCUGGGCGUCUUCCUGGAUUAUGAGGCCGGCAUCCUCUCCUUCUACGAUGUGUCAGGCGGCAUGAGCCACCUGCACACCUUCCGGGCCGCUUUCCAGGAGCCACUUUACCCGGCGCUGCGGCUCUGGGAAGGGCCCAUAAGCAUCUCCCGGCUGCCCUAGGGGCCACAGCAGGAGUGACCGUCCUAUGCCUUCCACUGCUCUGGUCUCACUGGAGCUGAUGUGGCUGGUCUACUGCCAGCUGCCCAAGCAUCCCCGUCUUCUCCCCCACCCGUCAUGCCCUGUGCUUUGAAAAGGCUCCUUUCCCAGGCGAGUUUUCAAACAGGCCCUAAAGGCCGGUCUUCUGCCGGGGCGCUCUCAACGGGUCUCUCCACCACCACCAGAGCACUUACAUGACACCACUUUUAGUCCAGGUGCUGACCCCAUGUGAGUCCUGAGCAUCCCGACCCUGUCAGAAGACAUCGUCCUCUGCCUCUGGCCUCUCCCUCAUAGAGUAGUCAGCAAUGCCUGGCACUUGGUAGGCGCACAAUAAAUGUGGGAAUGAAUGAGAGCCAUCCAGCCCCUUCUCCCUAAAGUCCUUUUGAUCUGCCUCUUCCUCUCCACUCUGCUUCAGCUGUCCGUGUCACUUCUCUUCAGAGUAGCCGCACUUCACACCUCAGGGCUGGAACCCCCUCCCAUUCUCAUCCUCCACUGUACAGCGAGAGUGCCAGGCCUAAAACUUCAUUUAACCUCCUAGAACUACCAGAAGGUUCCCAAGGACCGGAGAGAGAAAAAGCAGGCACUUUACCUUAGCAUUCAAGGCUUUUCUAGUCUGCCCUCAAACUCCCCAUGCUCAUCUAGCUUCUACCGCUCUUUUCAGAGACCCUCUGGCACCUUUGCCCUUUGCCUGUCUGAGCCUUCCCCUGGCUUAACUGCCCCAGGAAGUCUCCCCAAACCACAAGAACCUCUUACCC